AAGUGUCAGAGGCCACAUUUGAAUUCAGGUUCUCCUGACUCCAGGACCAGGGCUCUCUCUAUUCCUUGCAUCACCUCUUCAGUUGUUUUAUAGGAAAGUGAUCCUGAUUUACACAGAUAGUAAAGGUAAGAGGCAGAAUCUGAACCCAGAUUUUCUUGUUCCCAAGCCAGAAAGAGUAUGUAGAAAGGGGUUGGGGAAAAGUUUUUCUGAUCUUUCAGAUCUGUUUUCUGUUUUUCUCAGUUGUUCUGUCUAGACAUCAAUUCAUAAGAAUCCCCCCCACCCUUAGACAGAAAAUUCCCUAUGAAUAUGAAACAAGCCUUGUGUCUGGGGAUCAGCCUUCCUUACUGCUCUAAAGGGAUGUUUGUUAUAAUUAUAUCCUUUGUUAAGGGCUUUUUCUCCUUUUACCAUUUUCUAUCUUCCCAGGCUCAGACUAAGAAAGAAGCAGGACGGUUGCUAUUCACCAUGAAGUGGCUUUUUGUCACCUUUGCCCUCAUCCUUAUUAUCACGGGACCUAAGAGGGUACAUAGAGAAGUUCAAAAUAACAGCUCUAGUAAUCUGAGUUGCCUAUCAUGUGUAAAAGCCAGGAAUGAAGACAAAGAAAAAAGAAAUGCUGAGGAAAAGAUAGACGGACUUCUUGUAUCCAACCUUUCGGGCCAGCAUCAUUUGGUGCCACCAUUUUCAUGGCAAGACUUGAAAGAGGAAUGGAACGGACCAUUAUCACCUAUUGUAUUAGAGGAGGAAAUAAUCCCCCCAAAUGAUUCCAAUGGCCUACUCUGCCCAUCUUGCAAUGCGCUAGGAACUCAGCAAAUCUGCAACAAAGAAUUCAAAUGGCGUACCCACAAGAACAGGAGUUGCCUCACUAUCUACCGGAACACAAAAAUGGGUAGAGGAUCUUGACAUGAUGUUGAUGGCUACCGACUGAUUAGAGUGGUGGUUGCUGAAGGCUGGGAUAGCUAUGACAAUUUUUAAAAAUAAGACAACAAUGAGGUUUGGCUCAUUGAUUCUUCCUUUCAGUUGAACACUUAAAGGCCUUUAUAACAUUAUUAACUGGAUUAAUUUCAAAAUUGUUGUGUCUGAGGGUAUAAAGAGGCAUGAAGGGAUGGAGAAUGGCUGAUUGGUGGAGCAGUCAGAACAUAUAUAACAUUUUUGAUUAAAUUUGCCAUUUUUUAUGGGUGUGGUUCAUGUCACCCCAAAACAGUUAUAAUAAUAUCAAAGAUCAUUGAUCACAGAACAUCAUAGUAGAUAUAAUAAUAGUAAAGAAGUUUGAAAUGUUGUAAGAAUUACCAAAAAUGAGACACUGUUAGUACCUGAAAUUGCAAAAAAAAUGGUGCCAAUAGACUUGCUUGAUGCAGGAUUGCCAUAAACCUUCAAUUUGUAAAAAAUAAAAAACAAAACAAAACACAGUAUCUGCAAAGCUCAAUAAAGUAAAACACAAUAAAAUGAAAUAUACCUGUAUUCACUGGUUGACCAAAUUCAUUCAGCUGCAUAUCAUAGUCUUGACAAUAGGCAUUCUUCAACCAUUUGGUUUUUUAUAUACAUAAUUAGACUUUUGGGUGAUUAUGUAUUUUAUUUAGCUUUGUAGUAUUCCGGAGAUUAGUGCUAUCAGUUUAAUGCUGUUACAAAUGGUAUUUAAACUGUCUCACUAUCUAGAAAUAAUACUUUUUCAAUUAGAACUGCAUUAUGGAGAAUGUCUAACAGAAGGCCAAAUACACUUGGUGAACAUUUGUUCAUAUGUUUAUGUUUUACUUUAUAUGAUGUAGAAGAUCAUGGGAAAAAGUUAUUUCUGUUACAUCUUUCAAGGAAUCUUGAAUUACUUUAACACAUGCAUGAAGAUAUCUUGAAGGAGAAUCUUUAAGGUUCUCUUUAAUUCUAUGGUAAAAAAACUCAGCACACAAAUAGUGGGGUGUUGUGUUCCUUGCAUCUUCUAGUUAAUUAUGUGAUUAUAAAGUUGUGAUCUCCUAUAGAAUGAAAUGGGCAAAAGGCUGUCUAUUUCAUUUUCAUACAAGACUAUUCUUGUGUGCGAGAUUAGUAUAACUAAAAUUAGUCUUAUAAAAGGAAUAGUUCAGUUCAGCUGGAAUGUAGAAAAUGUGAAUAGGAAUAGUAUGAGAUAGGGCAGGGCUAUUAAAUUCUAGAGUCAGAAACUUAAACUUCUUUUAGCAAGCUACUAAACUUGUUCCUUGGAGAAGCUUAAAAUAAACAGAGACCUCAAGACCCUCAGAGUCUCUGAGGAGAUAAAGUUUCACAGGAUGACUUAAGAGAAAUUAGGGAUAUAAAAAUA